AUUUGAUGAAUGAUGAGUUACUCUAGUAUUAAUAAAUAAUAAAUAUUAUCAUGACUAAACAGUAAACAACUAAAACUUUGUUUAGUCAUGAAUAUUAUGUUAUUUAUUAUGUUUUAGGGACCUCCGACCUAUAGUGAAAAUAAUAUUGAAGGUACGAUCCGCAGACUGCAGAGUGUUGAACUCCGACCUAGACUUCGAAGUGAACAGUCGGUUUUUUUUUUUUCUGAAGUUCAUUCGGAUCUUCGAAAUCUCGCCCUCGACCCGGCGUUCGUUCGCUACGGAUCGUCACCAGUCGUCAAACGGAGUCUUCGCAAUCGGUCGUUGUCGCGUACCAUGAACAGAUCCAGCGCUACCGCACUCAAAGAACACUUCGAAGAGACUCGACCGGGAUUCAGCUCGUACUUGGACUGCUUGACGAGGUCGUACGGCACCGGACUGGGCGCACUGGCGUUCACGUUCGCCGUGGUGCACGUGACGCAGCAGAUCAUCAUCAAGCGGUUCCCGGCGGUUAGCAGGACCCACUUAGCCGUGUCCACGGCGGCAGGAGCGGCGGCUUCGUACGUGGCGGCCAAGGACAAGGUGCGCAAAUGCAGGGACUCGUGGGCCGCUUCGCGCGAACAGUGACGGCCGGUCGACCGGGCCGUUUAGUCAGAUGGUACAGCGGCGUCGGUGGAGGAGGCGGUGACGACGGCGUGGACGACGCCCAGGCCAGAGAGCUGAUCGACAGACAACUGAAACUGGCGCCGGCGGGCGGCCAUCAGGUGCUGGUCGUCCAGCCGUACGUCAAGUGGGGCCCCAAGAAGGACAGGAGCACGACGCCGGAAGUCAAGUUGGACGAGAGCCGAUCGCUGGUGCGCACUCUGAACGAGUGGUCGGUGACGGACACGCUGUGCGUGGGCCUCACGUCCUACCGGAAGCACACGUUUUUCGGUCCCGGAAACGUGGACGCGAUCGCGGAGCGGGUGGCCCGCGACCGACGCAUCACGGCCGUGUUCGUCAGCGUCAACGUGCUGAAACCCAUCCAGCACCAGCACCUGGAACACCGUUUCGGCGUGCCCGUCUACGACCGGUACCUGAUGGUGGUGCAGAUAUUCCGCAGGCACGCCGUCACCAGGGAGGCCAAGCUGCAGGUGGCCCUGGCCGAACUGCCGUACAUCUGGUCGCGGAUACGCGGCGCCCAGGACGGGUACGCGGAGCGGCUGGGCACCGAGGCCGGUCAGAUAGCGCUCAGCGGCAAGCUGGUGUUCGACGACAAGAAGGACUUGCUCAAGGCGUACGAGAAGAAGCUCAAGAAAUCGGUGGACAAGCUGAGGACCCACAGGCAACAUUUGCGGAACAACAGGUCCAACAAGGACUUGCCCGUCGUCGCCGUGGUCGGGUACACCAACGCCGGCAAGACUUCGCUGGUCAGAGCGCUGACGGGCGACGCGGGCCUAGUGCCCAAGGACUGCCUGUUCGCCACGCUGGACGUGACCGUGCACGGUGGCGUGUUACCCUGCAACAUGACCGUGUUGUACGUGGACACCAUAGGUUUCAUAUCCGAUAUACCCACUAGGCUCAUUGAACCGUUUGUCGCCACGCUGGAGGACGCCAUGUUCGCGGACGUCAUUGUCCACGUGCGGGACAUGUCCCACCCCAAUGUCCAGGUGCAAAAGGCCCACGUAGAGGAGACGCUAAAGAGCUUAAGCAUCAACCAGGAUUUGUUGAACAGUGUAAUCGAUGUCGGCAAUAAAGUCGAUCGUCUGGACAAUGUCGAGGACGACGGCAGUUCGGUAAUGAUAUCCUGUACCACUGGAAAGGGUUUAGACGAGCUCAAGAGAAAAAUAGAAAGUCAAAUAAUCAAAGCCACUGGUAGACGAAUGAUGAAAAUUCGCGUACGCACUGGCCGCGAUGAAUACGAAUGGUUAAGGACGCACACGGCUAUUGUCAAUAUCGAUACGGACGGUGAUUAUUCUAUAAUGGAGGUUAUUGUUACCCAAUCUGAUUUAGAUGUGUUUAAAAGUUUGUUUAUACGUAAAAAUAUGAACAAAUAGUCUUAUUGUAGAAAAUGUUUUUUUUUAAAUAAAUGUUAACAAAUUUUAAGUAAAUAA